AAGAUAUACAAAUGUAAAGAAAAAAACGUCUAAAAGAACCCCAGAACGAAUUCAAAUUAGAAGACCCAAGAUUCAAUUUUUUCCUCUUCUUUCAAAUCCUUAUGUGAAGGAAGUUAAGUACCCCGCACAGAAUGACUCAAAACGUCAAAGAAUCAGAGGUUUUUUUGAAAUUUCCACAAGAUUCCGAUCUUCGAGUAGAAUGUGUAAUUCAACUCAAAUCACCCCCAAGGAAUAAGUUCAAUAAGAAUAUGAGAGAAUGGAGAAGAAUGUUGGGUGGAUUAAGGGGACAAAAACAUUCAAGAGGACUCUGGAUUCUUACCGAGGGAAAGAAUCAAGGGCCAAAUGGAACGAAGAUGGUGAACUUUAUAUUGGUGAACACGCGAGCAGUUUCAGAGAUGGCAAUCAAUUGCGAUCUUUUCGCCGGACUUUUGAUCUCCGGUCAAAUGUCGACAACGGAGAGAGAGAGCGGUAUUGUAGCCGUUGGCUUUGUGCUUUUGACUCGAAGACAUCAUUGGGUGUUUUUGCCACUAACGACGUUAACGGUCUUCUGUAA